CGUCAACCUCUUGGAGCUGUUCUCUCGUCGCCGUUCCCUUCUCCUCCACCACCCGCGUCCGCCGUCACAUCUGUCCAUUGUCCGCCGUCGCAUCCUACCCGGCCCAUGAUUGCGACGCCGAUUCCGCCCUGAGAGGCUCGCGCUCGAGCACCAACCUCGACCGUCGCAUUUGCAGCCGCCGCCGCUGCGACGUCCGCAUCCCUCGCGAGCGAGCCAUCCCCGACGACGCAGCGACACGCCAACAUCACCGUGACUUGGGGCCACCACUGCCCCGACGGCAAAAAUGCUGUCCUCGGCCGAGAUCGCCGACAUGGGCUUCAGGCUCCUCCGACGAGAUGCCGAGGAGACAGACCCAGAGAAAGGCGACUCCGCGCAAAAGGAGCUCUUUGCAGCAUGGGCUCUCUUCAUCUCAAUCAUGCUGCUCAUCAUCGCCUUCUUCACCAGCUAUAUGCUGCAGAUGAAGAAGGUGACGGCCGUACACGAGACCGUCAUUUCCAUCUUUGCUGGCAUGACUGUCGGCUUGAUUCUCCUAGUCACAUCGGGCGAUUCCAUUCGGAACCUCAUUAGCUUCGACUACCAAAUCUUCUUCAACCUGCUACUGCCGCCCAUCAUUCUGUCCUCGGGCUACGAGCUUCACCAGGCAAACUUCUUCCGCAAUAUCGGCACCAUCCUCACCUUUGCCUUUGCCGGUACCUUUCUCUCUGCCGUCGUCAUCGGCCUGAUUCUUUGGCUCUUCACCCUUCUCCCGGGGUCGCUGGAGAUGACGCUUGUUGACGCCAUCUCGGUGGGCGCGACCCUCUCUGCCACCGACCCCGUCACCAUCCUCGCCAUCUUCAACACGUAUAAAGUGGACCCGAAGCUCUACACCAUCAUCUUCGGCGAGUCCAUCCUAAACGACGCCAUUGCCAUCGUCAUCUUCGAGACGGCUCAAAAGUACAACAAGGGCAAGGCCGCUAGCUACGGUCUCAUAAGCUUUUUCGAGGGUACCGGUAUCUUCUUGCUUGUUUUCUUUGGCAGCAUGCUCAUUGGCAUCGUUGUUGGCGUCGGGACGGCCCUGCUCCUCAAGUUCACCUAUCUCCGCCGGCUGCCCAAAAUUGAGAGCUGCCUGAUUGUUCUUAUAUCGUACGCCACGUAUUUCUUUUCGCAUGGAGUACACAUGUCAGGUAUUGUGUCGUUGCUGUUUUGUGGCAUCACACUCAAGCACUACGCCUACUUCAACAUGUCGCGGCGCACGCAGCUCACGACAAAGUACAUUUUCCAGGUCAUGUCGCAGCUGUCGGAAAACUUCAUCUUCAUCUAUCUGGGCCUUGCCCUCUUCACGGACAACGCUCUUCAAUUCCAGCCGCCGCUCAUUAUCGUGACCAUUUGCGCCGUUGUGGCAGCCAGAUGGGUCGCCGUAUUCCCAUUGUCGCGGGCAAUUAAUUGGUUUAUCCGGUACCGGGCGAGGAGAAGGGGCGUGGAAGUCCAAGACGAGUUGCCAUACAACUACCAAGCGAUGCUCUUCUGGGCAGGUCUCCGCGGAGCGGUCGGCGUGGCACUUGCUGCCCUGCUGACUGGCGAGAAUUCGUACGCCCUGAGGGCUACGGUUCUGGUCGUGGUGGUGCUGACCGUCAUCAUCUUUGGCGGCACGACGGCCCGCAUGCUAGAGAUUUUGGGCAUUCGCACUGGCGUCGUUGAAGAGAUUGAUAGCGACGACGAGUUCGAUAUCGAGUCCUUUGGUGGUGGCCUUCAAGCGAAGCGAUCGGGCGCCGGCAUUGGAUACAACCCUAGGCGUAACGGCAAUGUCGCGCUCACCAACCUCGCGCCGCCGGGCCGCUCUGCAUCAUACGUGUCCGGACACUCGUCACCCCACACCGGUGCGCGAACUCAGAGUCUGAAUCGCAAGAACUCGGCCAGCCGGGGCCAGGACGAAUUCGAGCGCGCAGACCUCCUGGGCCGCGGCAACGAAGACUCAGACAUUGAUAGCGACAUUGACACCUCGGACCUCCCGCCGCCAGCCCGACGCUCACCUCGCUCGCGGACGAGCCCCAGCCAGACGCCACAGGCUGACAGUGCCUUCAUGAGCCCCUCCGGCGAGCAGUCAACCGCGGCACCAAUCACCGCGACGGGCGCCAUCAGGCAACUAUGGAGCGCCGAGGACCCGGCGGGCUUGUUCAGGCAGUUGGACGAGGACUUCAUCAAGCCGAAGCUGCUGCUCCACGGCGACGGUGGGAGAGGCGGGGGCCCGACCUCAUGAGUGACGACACGGAAACGGAAACGUGUAUAUGUGGUGUGGGAUCUUUGUUGUUGUACCAAAGGCAUAGUUAUGCGGGCUGGCGAGUCCGAUCAAGGGAAGGGCCGGGGCCAAACGCGUCUCGCCCACAAAUGCGGCCGCCGCAUCUCUCGGCGUUUUUGUUAAACGAUGAACACGCUUCGCUUUGCCAAAAUAGAAAAGCGAGUAGCUUUUUGAUACCCACAGUGUUGACCUCCACGGGUCAAAUCGGAUGUCGUUUGUAGCAAUGCGUGUGCAUGCACGCAUGCAGUUAGGUGCACACGCAUGCAAGCAACGAAUGCACUCACCCACUCACUCACUCACGGAUCACACAGUCUGCAAUUCAAG